AUGUUGCAAUUUACUUUUAUCUUUUAUUUACUUGGUUAUAUGUUUUUAAGAGCAAGUGCAGAGAAUUGCUUUAGAGAUGACCAGUUUACACCAAAAUGUUAUAUUGAACAAGGUGGUAAUGCCAUGAAAAACAACUAUCCUAUUUUAAAAGAGUUUAAAAUCCUCGAUUCGGUACAAUUAUCAGAGUAUAACUAUCUUCUUCAUUUUUCUUUUAAAAUUGACGAAGUUAUAGCUUUUAAGUUCAUGCCCAAGGUGGAAUCAAUACAAAUAGUGGAUCUCUAUGAUCCACAACGGACUGAGAUUUUGUAUGAUCUCGACAAGGGGAUUAACCAGAUCGAAGGUGAAUUUUAUCGCUUUUCAGUAAAUUGGAUUAUCGAUGCUGAUGUCUUUAAUAAUGAAAAGGUCUGUACCACACCUUUUAAAGUGGUCUACACUGGGGCUAGUCAAGUUUCUAUGAAUAAAAGAGGACCACCAGUAAUAUUUGAAUACUAUCAUGCUUGUCCAGAAAGUAACUUCCCCAGCGACACCCCUCAAUUAUGUUGGAUUCAAAUCUGUAAAGAAGAGGAACUUCCAGAUCCACCACCAAUUAUGAAACCACAAGAACCAGAAGAUGAUACUACAAUUUCUACAAACGAGGUAAAUUUCUCUUCAGAAGAAGCUGUGUCCACCACUGUCCUGAUUGAAUCUAGUCCUAUCAUUACAAUUCCUUCCACAAUCGAAACUAGUUUUAGUAACUGGGCCCAUCCUACUUACACAAGUUGCGCCAAUCAAAUCCUUGAAGAUAAGUGCGAUGUUACAUUUGGUCAACAUUCCAAAAGCCAGAAUUUCCCCCAAUUAAAAACAUUUGAGUUUGUCGAAAUUGAAAGGGUUCAAGACUGGUUUUAUCAAGUAAUAAUAGAGUUUGAAAUUUCUCCUAUAUCCAAUGCUAAAUUACAGUAUGUAAGAUUUCAUGUUGCAGAUGGAGGAUCAGUUUUCAAUUAUCUUUCUACUGGUGUGCUUUAUGACUAUAACCGUAACAUAAACCUUCUCGGAUUCUCACCUUAUCACUUUUUUAUUCGCUGGCAAAUGAUGGCAAAUAUAGAAGGAGAUCUAGUCUGUGCACCCCCAUUAAAGGUUGAAUAUAUGUACAUCUUAGACCAAGAUGAACAAAAUGGAUUAUCCUCUUCGGAUCUUGAAGUUGUGGCUGACUAUGUAUACGAUUGUAAAAAUGGAGAUGUUCCUCUUCAAUGUUGGGAUCUCCAAUGCUCGAAAUCAGAAGCACCAAUCGAAGAAAUAGUUACUUCUUUACAAGAAAACUCGGAAUUAACGGAGGAGGAGGAAUCUACUACGUCUUUAGAAAUGGAAGAAACAUCUGAUAUCCUUGAAGGUACAAGUGAAUCGACACACGAAGAAUUUGAUUUGACUGUGGAAACAAUCACAGAUACCACUGAAACAAUCACAGACACCACUGAAACCACCUCACUAAGCGAACAACCAUCAGUAACUAUUCUACCAACCCUUUUCUUACCAGGGGAUUUCCCACCCCCACAGGAAGAUGUACCAGAAGAAGUUUUUGACGAUGUUCAAUGUAAAAUAUCAUUUGGAGAAUUCUCAGAAAACCAUAAUUUCCCAAAUUUAGAAAUAUUUGAAUUCCGCUCUAUUAAAAAGAUAUCAGAAGAUUACUAUGAAGUGGAAGUUGAAUUUAAGAUUGACAAUUCUCAAUUGCCAACCGAUAAUAUAGAUUCUAUUCAAUUCACUGGUCUUCAAACUGCUAACAAUUAUCUUGGUGAUACUAUAUUGCUUUACAGUCGUGAAUUAAAUGGAAAACUAGACAAUUCACCUCACCACUUUUUGGUACAUUGGGUUAUGGAAGCUGGCAGUUACGAUGAAGAUUAUGUUUGUACUACACCUUUCCAGGUUGAAUAUAAAUGGACUGUUGAUGAUACCCAACAACGAGCUAUUUCACCACAAUCUCAAAACUCCUUACCUCCAACAAAGAGAGAUGAACAAGAGACAGCUAUUUAUAUUCAUGAUUGUCCUCAAGAUGGAAAUGCUGAUUUGGGUCUUAUCUGUUGGCGAAUCAUUGAAGAAGACAACACCAUUCUGGAGUUAUCCUCGAUGACCGAUUCAGAGAAUGAAGAAUCAACCUCCCUCAGUGUAUCGUUUGAAGAAGAAGAAGAAGAAUAUACCACAGCUUCAGUACCUCUCCAAAUUAUAAUACUGAAUGCUCCAUUUGACGAUGAAGAUUUGACAUCAACGUCAGUUGAAGAUACUAUAACAGCACCAACUCCAGCUGAAACAAUCGACCCUAUUGAAGAAGAAGAAAUUACAAAUGUGGAAUCUCAUAAGGAGCAAUCCACUGAUGUUCUGUAUUCGCAAGAGACAAACACCUCUUAUCCUGAAACAAUUGUUUCGUCUUUAGAGGAGAAUACCUUUUCUACUCUUGAGAGUUCAGAAGUUACAUCUAAUGAUGCUAGCAUACCCCAUGAAGAAGUUACAACUUUAAUUUCAGAUGAUAUUUCUAGUGAAUACAUUGAAACUCCAAUAAUUGCAACAACAAAUUUGGUCACAGAUUCAGCCCCAGAAGACAUUAUCUUGUCUAGUGAAGAACUGUUCUCGCAACAUUCACAGAUUUUCACUUCUUCUGAUGAAAUGAUUUCAGGUGAAAUGGAAUCGACUACCGACUCUACUAUUUAUUCAGCAACACCAUCUACAAUAGAUCAAACCGCGAUUUCCCUGGAAGAAACUCUUUGGAUUGAAACUGAAACUAUUGCCAAUACUCAAGUUACUACUACUGAAACAUUUAGUGAAAGCCAUUCGCACGUAGUUUCGGAUUCUCCACCAUUAGCAACAACUUUGACUGAAAUCAUUACUACCACAAGUAUUGAUCCUUCUAAUCCAAACUUCACAGCCAUUUUGACAUUGACAUUGACUACUACGUAUAUUGAUCCACCUCCAGUUUUAAUUACUACUACAGUUUCAGAAUCUGAUAGCACAUAUGUUACAACCAUUACUGAACCAUUUAACCCACCAGUCAUAGCUACCACUACAGUCUCGAGACCAGAUACUACCUAUGUUACUACUAUUACUGAACCAUAUAACCCAUCAGUUGUAGUUACUACAAUUACCAGACCUGACACUACCUAUGUCACAACAGUUAUGGAACCAUACAAUCCUCCACCAGUUGUUGUUACAGUUAGUAAUCCCGAUACCGCGUAUGUUGGCACUGUAACAAAUCUGUACGUCCCAUCAGGUGUUGUUACUACAAUUGUAUACCCUGACACUACUUUAGUAACUACUGUCAUGGGACCAUAUGUUCCUCCACCAUUUGUUACUACAGUUACUGGUGUUAACACUGUCUAUGUUACUACAGUUACUUAUCCUACAGUUUACCCACCAGCACCCACUAGUCCACAACCAGGAGGAACUACUCCAGGAAAUGUUACACCAGAUCAAGAAGAAGAACUUCAAGUUCCACCUUCAGGAGGUAAUCCAAAUGAUCCAGCAAACCCUAACUAUCCAGGUAGCAAUCCAAAUGAUUCAUCCAACUCUAAUGUUCCAGCCAACCCUAACUACCCAGGUGUUGUUCCAGAACAAGAAGAAGAACUCCAAGUUCAAUACCCAGGUGGCAAUCCAAAUUCCCCAGUCAAUCCAAAUGAUCCAGUUAAUCCUAAUGCUCCUGUGGAUCCUAAUUAUCCAGGUGUUACUCCAGAACAAGAAGAAGAGCUUCAAGUUCAAUACCCAGGUGGAGGUUCCAAUACUCCAGCUAACCCUGAUGGUCCAGCCGGUAGUCCAAACACCCCAGCUAAUCCAAAUGAUCCAUCUGAUAAUAGUAACACUCAACCUGGUAUCAAUCCAUAUCAAGAAGAAGAACUCCAAGUUCCAUCUACUGGUGGUAAUCCAAAUAGUCCUGCUGGUAAUCCAAACAGUUCUUCCGGUAAUUCCAACGACCCUUCCUUGGAACAACAAGAAGAACUCCUCCAAGAUCCUAACGUGUUCACAUACACUAGUGCUGUUCCAACCACAUUUGUAUCUGAUGGACAAACCUAUCAAACCGUGGUACCUGUCGUUUACACUACUGCUGUUCCUGAUGGUGGUGUUCCUGAAGUUAUGGUUUCACCUAACGAUAACCCAUCACCAAGUGGUUUCAAUAAUAAUCUUGAACCAGAUCUUGAAGAAUUACUUGAAGACUAUGAAGGUUCUGCCUCGGGUAUUAACUCGAAUGUCUUUAUGUUAUGUUUAUGUUUGAUUUUUACUAUAAUGUUUCUCUAG